GUGUGAAUGAGUCAACCCAGCAAAAUCCAUCAAAAUCAAAAUCAGAGUCCACUUACCCAAUCACCAGUUUACACCCCCACUCAUCACUACUGAAAACCCACAAAACCUCUCCCAGUCUAGUAGUGGGCAUGUACAUACACACUCAAUUAGUGUCCGCCGUUAAUCUCCUGACCAAUUUUCAGUGAUAAGGGCCUACACUAUAAUGUUUAUCGGAGCCGUAUCUCCGACGCCGGUGGCGAUACCGUUGGUCUCGCGCUCGACUGUGGGGGCUCCGAGGAGGACGGGACGAACGCAAGGGGGGCGGGUUGUGGGGAAAUUGGGUCGGCAUUUGGGUCAGGUGGUUCGAAAGGACGUUCAGUUCCUAAAGAAUCGAAUUGGUAAAGGCGUGGAGUGGGCCAAUGGAGCUCUCCGUAUCUCUCAGCUAUCCAAAACCCUAGACGACCUUAUCUGGCUUCGCAAUCUCGAAGAUUCAAACUUCCCUUCCUUUCCCCGUCUUUCUUGGCCUCAACCUUUCUAUCCAGAGCUCUCCGGUGUGGAUUUGUUCGUUGCUGAUCUCAAAGCAAUGGAGGCAUAUGCUUACUAUUUGUACUAUCUGGCUAAGUUUUGGACUAAGCCACUUCCUGAGGUCUAUGAUCCAGAAGACGUUGCUGAUUAUUUCACUUGCAGGCCUCAUGUUGUGGCCCUUCGGCUUCUUGAGGUGUUUUCUGCAUUUGCUUCUGCUGCAAUCAGAAUUCGAACUUCAGGGGUCAAAAAGUUUUAUAUGUCAAGCAUGGAUAAUAGUAUUGGUGGAGAUGUUGCACAAUAUGGUUUUGGGUUGGUUCUAAAAGAAACAAUGCUAAACUUGGGACCCACUUUUAUCAAAGUCGGUCAGUCCCUAUCCACAAGGCCAGAUAUUAUUGGUUCUGGAAUUUCCAAGGCAUUGUCUGAGCUGCAUGAUCAAAUCCCUCCUUUUCCCAGGACUUUGGCUAUGGAGAUCAUUGAGGAUGAAUUAGGUUCCCCUGUAGAAACAUAUUUUAGUCACCUUUCUGAGGAACCUGUGGCUGCAGCUUCUUUUGGUCAGGUGGAUUUUCUGGAUCGUGUUUACAAAGGGUGUACCGUUGAAGGAAUCAACGUCGCUGUGAAAGUUCAACGUCCUAAUUUGCGCCACGUCGUAGUUCGAGAUAUUUAUAUCUUGCGCCUUGGGUUGGGGCUGCUGCAAAAGAUAGCAAAAAGAAAAAGUGAUCUUCGGCUCUAUGCUGAUGAACUCGGGAAAGGCUUAGUUGGGGAGUUGGAUUAUACUUUAGAAGCUGCAAAUGCUUCAGAGUUCAUGCUAGCUCAUGCUCCAUUUCCAUUUAUUCGUGCUCCAAAAGUUUAUCAGCAUUUAAGUCGAAAGAGAGUUUUGACUAUGGAGUGGAUGGCUGGUGAGAGUCCAAGAGAUUUAAUUGACAUGUCUACUACUGUAUCUGUCGGUGAUGGAUCCGACUAUUCAAAGCCGAAGCAGAGUGAUGCUAGAAGACGUCUUCUUGAUUUGGUUAAUAAAGGGGUGGAGGCAUCACUGAUUCAACUCCUUGAAACUGGUUUAUUGCAUGCUGAUCCGCAUCCUGGAAACUUGCGGUACACAUCAACGGGAGAAAUAGGGUUUCUAGAUUUUGGGUUACUCUGUCGCAUGCAAAAGAAGCAUCAAUUUGCCAUGCUUGCAUCCAUAGUGCACAUAGUAAAUGGCAACUGGUCAUUGCUUGUUCAAGCUCUAACCGAUAUGGAUGUUGUGAGGCCGGGAACAAAUAUACGGCGUGUUACCAUGGAUCUGGAAGAUGCCUUGGGUGAGGUAGAAUUUAAAGACGGAAUCCCUGAUGUCAAGUUUAGUAAGGUGUUGGGUAAAAUCUGGUCUGUAGCCCUCAAGUAUCAUUUCCGCAUGCCGCCAUACUACACACUUGUCCUGCGUUCUCUUGCUUCCUUGGAAGGUUUGGCAGUAGCUGCAGAUCCAAAUUUUAAGACAUUUGAAGCUGCAUAUCCCUUUGUUGUUCGAAAACUUCUCACCGAUAAUACAGCAGAAACAAGGAGAAUUCUACACUUGGUUGUUUUAAACAGAAGAAAAGAAUUUCAGUGGCAAAAGCUUGCACUUUUCUUAAGAACAGGAGCAACCAGAAAAGGAUUGAACCGGGCUGUGGCAUCAACUAGUGACACUUCUCUGGAUCAUUCAGCAAAGGAAGGUACUGGAGUGUUCGAUGUUGCAAACUUGCUGUUAAGAUUCCUCCCAACGAAAGAUGGUGUUGUGAUGAGAAGACUCCUAAUGAGUGCAGACGGAGCUGCAUUAAUCAGAGCUAUGGUUUCCAAGGAAGCAAUUGUCUUCCGCCAACAGCUUUGCCGCGUAAUUGCCGAUAUAAUAUACCAAUGGAUGUCCGAAGCUUUUGGGCAAGCCACUACUAUUGCUCAAUAUGGUACUCGCGUGAAUUUGGCAAGUGGGCCUGGCAAUCAAGAGUCUCCUAGAUUAGCUACUCCCAUCAGUGAUUAUCGUUACAUCUUCAGAGAUAGGCGGCUCAAAGUGAUUUUUUCAAAGGUACUUGGCUCCACAAGGAAAGAUCCUGUACUUUUGGUGAGAUUCUUCUGGGUUUCCUUUGUGAUGUUGGUCUCAGCUUCAGCUUUGGCUUUUCACCGUAUGUUGGUCACCUUGUCCGAAGGUUAUUUGAAUCCUGCUGCACCAUUUGCAUCGAAGAGAUCAUAUGCUUACACGAGGUAGUGUUUGGACCAACCUUGGCCUUGCUACUGCUUCUGAAGAAGAUAGGCACUUCGGUGUGUUGAUUCAUCUGUUUAUACAUGCGAAAACUAACCUGAGACUGAUGAUAUGAAAACCGGUAUAACCUGAGAAGUCAGGUAUCAAUCUUCUCAUGAAUUUUGUGGUAUGGAGACUGAUAAUCCAUGGGCUAAUGCUAAAUGUAACAAUAUGGAUCUAUUACCGGUGCUAACUUUUUGCAUCCCUGCAUUUAGAUGAUUAUACUUGAAAGAGAUGUAAAGGCAUGACAGCAGGAGUUGUAUAGUCUCAUGUAAUUAAUUUUCUCCAAAAAUUUGUUUUAGUAAAGUAGCAGUGAUGCAUCAAAAAACAACCUUUGCAUGGGGCUAUUAUCUUGAGAUUC